UCCUCACUGCAGUCCGCAGUAAGUCCACCGGCGCCCGUCAGAGUGCAGCAGUCUGCAGUCUCCAUCACACUCCUCCCUGCGCUCCCCUGGCAGGUGGAAAAGACACACAAGCCGGGCCGGGACAAUGGCUUUCAUCUCAGUCUUGGUGAUUUUGGCCCUCGUGGUUUCAGCUGAAGGAAGUGUUGGACCGAGUACCAACACCAGCUUCUGCACAGAGUCCAAGGAAUGUCUGGAGUACGAGCUCGUCUGCAAAACAGAUGAAUAUGAGGUGCGACACUACAGCCCCACUCGCUGGGUGUCAACAGAUGCCGAGGCCUAUUUCAUGGGAGUGGGUGCAGCCAUGGCUUUCAGGAGACUUUUCCAGUACAUCACUGGAGCCAAUGAAGGAGGCAUCCAGAUGGAGAUGACCGCCCCUGUCCUGGUUAAGAUCCCAGAGGAGACAAAGAUGUGGGAGCCGGCUAUCUACACGUUAAACUUCCCGCUGCCGGCUGCCUACCAGGACAAACCGCCUGCACCCACCAAUGACAAGCUGUAUUUCACUGAGAUGCCAGAGAUGGACGUGUACGUGAGGAGCUACGGAGGCUGGAUGCUGUCAGUGACCUCCAGGCUUCACGCCCACCUGCUGACUAAAGAACUGGAGAGAGUCCGAGCUUCCUACAACCACAGCUACCACUAUGGAGUUGGCUAUGACAGUCCCUUGAAGUUGUUGAACAGGCACAAUGAGGUGUGGUAUGUGGCCGAGGGAGAGCCGGUUUGCACGGAUCCACGGGAACCGACCCCGGCACACACACCCAGGCCGACUCUGCCCGCCUCACCAACAGACUCUCCGUCUGACCCUCUCCCGCACACACUGUCUGACUCACUCACUCCCUUCAACUUGUCCUCGAACACAACAUCCAACUCCUCCUCUUCCUCCUCACAAAUGCCGUCUGACACACCCUCUCUCCCCCCGUCUAACGCUCCUCCCAGCCCUUCGUCCAACGUGCCCUCUGAAGUCGCAUUCAGCCACCCUCCUACCUCCGCCCAGAUCCUGCUGGACCCCACAACCAACUCAUCUGAUCCCGUCUCUGUGAGCCCGUCUCUGGAGCCCCAGUCUGAAGUUGUCCCGUGGAACAGCACAGCCCACAGCUCUGUGGAUACACAAGCUGACAGUAACCCUGUGGUGGAACCAGAUGACGCUCAUUAACAGCCUUCACGUUUUCUUUAAGCAGCCAUUCCAAGUAUAUUAACAUGGAAACUAAAGAAAAGAAACAGUGGAGGUUUGGCAGAAGGUUGAGUGAAUGUGAGUAAUAGACGGACAUGUUGGUCUCUUCUUCCUUAUCUCUCUAUUCCUGUGUAUUACACCAACUCCUCCUUAUGGCACUUAGUAUUUGACUAUAUGUUCUAUCACAGCUUUGCGCCUGCAGCUUCCUGUAUCAGCGAACACAUGCCUGUACACUUUGUUGUUCUGAGGUUAUCAUACAGCUGCAUUUAGAAUUAAAUAAGAUCGAUGUAUUUGUUAGAAAGUUAGAAUUCAAAGUUGCUAUGUUUAAUCUAAAGGCAGAGGAAGAUGCCUUUUGACAUCAGUUUAAACCAAAACCUGAUUUAGCUACUACUAGGACUUCAGUGGAAACCUGUGUGUAACUGAUAAAUCAAAUGCUGGGACUAACCACGGUAGGCCAUUAUAUCAGACGAAACUUUACUGUGUUCUAUCCACUCUCGUAAAUGGACUUUGAUGAUGUUAUUAAUUAUUAUUAUUAAUAAGCUUUUUCUCUGUUUAGCUUGUCGUCAAUUACUUUCAUGAUGUGUGGCAACAUAUUAGUAAAUCAUAAUAAAUUCAGUACGCACAUUCAUUGGGAUCUUUGGUGCAGCCUUAAACCUAAGAAAUAAAACUGUAUGGCUCUAAUUAUUUGGGGAUCUUAUGGAAUUACCCAGAUUGUAAUUAUUCUUAUUUUUCUUUUUUUUUUUUUUUUUUUACCUUGGAUCAAACCUUUGUCUCAGUAUUUGUGCUCAAAAACUAAAUAAAAUAAAAAAAAUAAAAUUCUUGGCCAAAUGUUUUGCAAAUUGUAUUGAUAUUUUUAAAUCAAUUUUUAGGUAAUUAAGAAAUUUGAUCAGAUUUUGUGAUAGAUUCUUCUGGCUCCCAGAAUUAAAAAAAAAAAAAAACCUAUUACAGUAAUAUAGCUUUGAUUACACAAGGGAUAUUAAUAACAUACAGCCAAAAUAGCUUGUUUUUCAAUUCUCCCUUAAUUUACUGUUAAAAUUUUAGCUUAAAAAAAAAA